AUGAAGCGGAGAAAGAUGGUGGUAGCGGCGGGCUUCUGCGUCUCGUUCAUCUUGGGCACGCUGAUGAAUUUAUUGUUCAUUCCGGGAUUCGAGCACCACAGCGAGCGGGUGCACCGCCACCACCACCACCACGAGAAACAUACGGACGCUCCUGCCCGGCUUCAGAUCGACGACUCGCCGCCGGUAGAACCGGCCACUGUUGGGCGACUCUCUGAGCUCCAGCGGCAAAUACGCGAGCGGCUGGACGAGGUUUUGCGGUACCGACAGGCGCACUGGCUCGGCACCGGACCUCUGGAACGCCGGCGACUAAUGGACCUGGAGCAACGUAGCGAGUGGGAAUUAUACAAAGGAAUUGAGAAAAUUAAUCAUUACGAUCCAUCGCGAUCGACUCCCGCAGUAUCCAUAGCAACAAAAUCGCACCGGGAGAUUACGCGCGAGUCGGGGCUCGGCUGCGGCAGUAUCGAUAACGUUACCAAUGUCCAGUAUUUGGGCUCUGGAUACACAAAGGCGGUUUACAGGGCAGCUUUGAACAGCAGCUUCUCCGUCGCGUUAAAAUCAGUCGAUUUUGGAGGUCACGACAUGGAGAAUUGUGUGAAGAAAUACGCAUCGUCUGCAGACUGUUACAAACUCGCAUCCUUCAAAAUUAUCAAGGAAAUGACGCUGAUGGAGAGACUGCAGCACCCCAACAUUCUCAAGCUGUACGGCUCAUGCUAUCAGGACAGUAAUGAUAUAAAGGAGACGGUGACGGCAAUCACGGAGCUCGGCAGUCCACUGGAGAUGAUCCAGCUUCUGCAGACACCCUGGGAGGAAAGAUUCAGAAUCUGCUUGAGUCUGAUGCGGCUGCUGCAUUACCUGGCUCACUCUCCGCUGGGCUCCGUCACACUGCUGGACUUCAGGCCGCGGCAGUUCGUUCUGGUGGACGGAGUGUUGAAGGUGACCGACCUGGACGACGCCAGUGUGGAGGAGACGCCCUGCUCUAAGUCUGCCCCCCAAGACUGUCUGAUGGAGUUCCCUGCCCGCAACUUCACCCUGCCCUGCCACAAGGGCCGCUGCCAGGGCAUCAACCAAAAGAGAAACCUCUACAAUGCUUACAGAUUCUUCUUCACCUACUUGUUACCUCACAGCGCUCCCUCAGCCCUCAGACCUCUUCUGGAUAAAAUCGUCAAUUCUACAGGAGAGCUGAUGUGGGGCACUGACGAAACUUUGGCUCACCUCGAAAAAGUGCUGGAUAUCUACAGGAACGGACAUUACCUCAAGAAUAACACACGCAUGCACAAAACAGAGUAUAAACGUGUGUCGGACUCCUCGAUAUCAGCAGAGAACUACCGCUGCUGGCCGUCAUAUCAGCAUGACGGAUGCCUGCUGUCGGUCUACAGCGUGGAUGAAGCUGUAGACGUGUGUGAGAGUCACGUUCAGUGCCGGGCCUUCGUCAUGACCAAUCACACCACAUGGACAGGUCAUCAGCUGGUGCUCUUUAAGACCGGUGCGUCCAGCAUGAGCGCGGCUCCAGGUAAACUCUCAUACGUGCGGCUAGGGGAAACUGAGAGCUGAGAGAGAGAGACAAAACAAUGGUCACACGUUAUCCAGAUCUUCUGAUGCUCUACUUCUUCCUGGACGACAGCUAAUCUGAAUCUCAGGAUUUAGGGAGGAUGAUCAUCAUUCAGGAAGCAGGACAGGGGAGGUGUUCGUGUGU